AUGGAUAAGGGUCACAUCAGGGAAAGCAUGAGUCCUUGUGCUGUUCCUGUUCUUCUUGUGCCCAAGAAAGAUGGGAGUUGGCGCAUGUGUGUGGACUGCAGAGCCAUCAACAAUAUCACUGUAAAGUAUCGACAUCCUAUCCCUAGACUUGAUGAUAUGCUUGAUGAGUUGCAUGGUUCUAGCAUUUUCUCUAAAAUUGAUUUAAAAAGUGGUUAUCAUCAGAUUAGGAUGAAAGAAGGUGAUGAAUGGAAAACUGCAUUUAAAACUAAACAUGGUCUUUAUGAAUGGCUUGUCAUGCCAUUUGGUCUCACUAAUGCACCUAGUACAUUCAUGCGCUUAAUGAACCAUAUCCUGAGAAACUUCAUUGGUCAUUUUGUUGUGGUUUACUUUGAUGACAUCUUGAUUUACAGCAAGAACCUUGAAGAGCAUCUAGAUCACCUUGCAUCUAUGGAGUCAAGGUGGAUGAAGAGAAAGUUGCAGCAAUCAGAGAAUGGCCAAGUCCUAAGACAUCAUCAAGAAAGAAGUUGGAUUCAAGUGGGAGAAAGCACAGGAGGAUGCUUUCCAGCUCUCAAGGAUCGCUUGACUAAUGCCCCUGUUCUUAUUUUACCUGACUUCUUGAAAACUUUUGAGAUUGAAUGUGAUGCUUCAGGUAUAGGCAUUGGAGCUGUCUUGAUGCAGGACAAGAAGCCAAUUGCUUUCUUUAGUGAAAAGCUUGGAGGAGCCACUCUCAACUAUCCAACCUAUGACAAAGAACUCUAUGCCUUGGUCCGCGCCUUACAAACUUGGCAACACUAUCUCUGGCCAAAGGAGUUUGUCAUCCACACAGACCAUGAAUCUCUCAAACAUCUCAAGGGCCAACAGAAGCUCAACAAGAGGCAUGCCAGGUGGGUUGAAUUCAUUGAGACAUUCCCAUAUGUCAUCAAGUACAAAAAAGGUAAGGACAAUGUUGUAGCCGACGCAUUGUCCAGGAGGUACACUCUUCUCUCAACUCUUGAUGCUAAACUCUUGGGCUUUGAACAGAUAAAAGACUUGUAUGCUUCUGAUUCUGAUUUUGCUGAGAUUAUAAGUCUUGGAAGCACAUGGAGGAGGCUUGAUGGGACACUUUGGUGUGGCCAAAACACUUCAAGUCAUGCGAGGCCGCACAUGAUCAGAGAUGUGGAGAGGAUUUGUUCUAGAUGUGCAACUUGUAAACAAUCCAAAUCUAAGGUUCAACCUCACGGUUUGUACACUCCUCUCCCUAUUCCAUCUCAUCCCUGGACUGAUAUAUCCAUGGAUUUUGUGCUUGGAUUGCCUAGGACUAGAACUGGAAAAGAUUCUAUCUUUGUGAUAGUUGAUAGAUUAAGCACAGAUGGAAAGCACAAGGCAGAAACAGUCAGGAAGAUCCAUGAGCAAGCCAGAAGGAACAUUGAGGCUAAAACCAAGCAGUAUGCUCAACAAGCCAACAAGGGCCGAAAGGAAGUGAUCUUUGAAGUGGGAGACAAGGUUUGGAUCCAUCUGCGCAAAGAGAGAUUUCCGGCCGAGCGCAAAUCCAAACUUAUGCCAAGGAUAGAUGGACCAUUUGAGAUCACCAGAAGAAUCAACAACAACUCCUACCAAAUUGAUCUUCAAGAUGAACCAGAUUUGAGGACAAAUCCUUUUCAAGAGGGAGGGGAUGAUAUGAUCAUGGAGGAGGUUGCUAGGAACUUGGACCAGGAAGCAGCUGGAGAGCUUGUAGCUGAGGAGGAGCAGCUUGAACCUGAGGAAGCUUUGGAGCUUUGA